CAAGUACAUCAAAUCAUUCUCACAUCUCACUAGCGAUACAUCAAAGCAAAGCUCGAUUGUUUUAAGUUUAGUGUUUUUUUUUACUUCUUCUUUAAAGUGAAGCCUUAAAAAAAAUUAAUAUAUUGUAAAAAAAAGCAUCGUGCGGUUUUGAGAUUAAAAUACAACAACGAAUAAAAUUUAAAUUAAAAAAAUGAAAGUGUUUAUUGUGUCUGUUAUGCUGCUGGCUGCAGUCUCAGCUGCCCCAAGUGUUAUCGAUAACAAAAUCGAAAGUGAAGGCACCCUAUCGAGGGCAGCCAAAUAUCUUGGAGCCUGUUUUGAAAGUGAUGAUAUAACAACUUGUCUAGCUGUCAAAGGAAUAACCGCAAUGAAUCGUGCUGCAAGGAGUAAUAAUAUUGUUGUUACUAAUGGAAUAACAUUUAAAAGAGAUGCAGCAGUUCCAGUUGCACGCAGCGCCAAGGCAUUGUCCGAAAAUGACAUCAUGUCUGAACUACCCACCGAAGCUGAAGAAAGAAAUGGACGUCUUAUGGAUAUGGCUAUGCAAUCGGUUACAGAUUUCUUCGGAACACACAACUUGGAAGUCAAGGUACCCACUGAGACUACUCAAGAGGUUGCCCGUGCCAUUGAAGAAGGUCGUGGUAAGAUGAAGAAACUCAUGGGACCAUUGAUCUUGGCUGUUGGUGCUAAGUUGUUUGCCCUGGUGCCACUUAUGUUGGGCGGUUUGGCUCUGCUCGCCACCAAGGCCAUUGUUGUCGCUAAGAUCGCUUUCCUUUUGGCCUUGGCUGUGAGUGCGUCGAAAUUGUUCGGUGGAGCUGGAAAAUUGGGCGGACUUGGUGGUAUUGGAGGUGCUGCUGGCUUAGCUAACUCUGCCGGAUGGCAACAACCUGCCCAGCAAGGCUGGUCAUCGGGUGGUUCUUCAUAUCCAUAUGCCCGUAACUUAGGCGAUUUGGAGGACAGUGAAGAAGAUGCGCAAGAAUUGGCCUUCAAAGCACAAAUCCCAACCCAAUAGAUGAUGUCCCAUGGUGCAGCAGGAAUCGAGAGUUGUGCCUUUUGUUUUUUAGUUUGUAGUUUAAUUUAUUUAAAAAUAAAAAAAGAGAUGCCGAGAAAAGUUGUUGAGAAAGUAACAAAUUGUUGUAAAAAAUAAAACUUAAAGAAAAUUAAUGUCAUAAAAAUGAUAAAACUCAUAUAAUAAAUCUGACAGUUGUUGUUGUGCCAGUUUUUAUUUACAAAAUUUCGUUUUUAUAUAUGUUUUUGUUUAGUUCUUCUUUUUCUCGUGAGUUUAUUUAAACGAGGUCACCCUGUGUGUUUCUAGUUAAUUACAUUUUUGUAAUAAUAAAGAACUUAUUUUUUUAAGUACA